CGCCGUGUUCUGCAUUCCAACAUGUCUGCGCCCUGUAGGAUGCAGCUGACGGCGUGAAGGUGUAAGACAAGCGGCAGUGGAUGGAUUCUCAGUCGACCUGCAGGCAGAUUUAAGGCUUUCCAGACCGACAAGGAUGUCAAAGAUCUCCAAAGCAGCGAAGGCUGUGAAGAAAUUGGAUACUGGAAAUGUAAUCCGGGCUAUUGUGAGGUCAGGACAGGCGGCCCCCGGACCGCCGCUCGGGCCGAUCCUGGGACAGAAAGGAAUCCCCAUCGCGCAGUUCUGCAAGGACUUCAAUGAGAAAACCAAAGAGCUGAAGGAGGGCAUCCCUCUUCCAGUGAAGAUCCACGUCAAGCCCGACAGAACUUACGACCUGAAGAUCGGCCAGCCCACCGUGUCUUACUUCCUGAAGCAGGCGGCGGGCAUCGCCAAGGGGGCCGGAAAGACAGGCCACGAGACGGCGGGGAUGGUGUCGGUGAAAGCAGUGUACGAAAUCGCGCAGGUGAAGACUCAGGACGAGUGCUUCAAAAUGAGGGACGCCUCCAUGCAGACGGUCGUCAAAUGCAUCGUGGGCUCGGCGCGCUCGCUGGGCAUAAAGGUCGUGAACGAUCUGCAGGCGGAUGAGUACAAAGUCUUCCUGGAGCAGCGGGAGGAGAAGUUGAAAGCAGACGCUGCAGCGGCAGCAGCCACCGCUGCCGCCGAAGCUGCAAGCAAAAAGAAAUAAAUGUCAUUCCUGUUUAUUGUGACUUUAUACAUGUUCCACAUUCAAGCAAAAAAAGAAAAGAAAAACCGUUGAUGUGUGUCGGAUCCUAAUAAACAUCUAGUUGUUACAUAACUUUUGUUCUGUCUUGUUGUCAUUACUCUGAUGUGAUCCUGAAGUGUUUCCUCAUUUCAAAUUCUCUGAUUUCAGCUUUUAUGUCGACUUCAUUUAGGAAACAAAAACAGAAACUUACAAUUAGAAAAUAUUUAUGAACCUGAGAGGUUGUUUCCCUCUGAGGAAAACAGAUGAAAAUGUAAUUGCUCUGUCUGGGAAGGAUUCGUAUUUUCACU